GGAGGAAGCCCCGGAGGUGGCCCUGGAGGCAUUCUCUCUGGCAAUGAUGGAGGCCUUCUUUCUGGAUCAGAAAAGGAAACCAUGCAAAAUCUUAAUGACAGAUUGGCCUCCUACCUGGAUAAGGUUCGAGCUCUAGAAGAGGCUAAUACUGAGCUAGAAAACAAAAUUCGAGAAUGGUAUGAGACACGAGGAUCUGGGACUGGAGACCCCGGGUCGCAGAGUGAUUACAGUAAAUAUUAUCCAUUGAUCGAAGACCUCAGGAAUAAGAUCAUUUCUGCCACCAUUGGAAAUGCCCAGCUCAUCCUGCAGAUUGAUAACGCGAGACUGGCUGCCGAAGACUUCAGAAUGAAGUAUGAGAACGAGCUGGCCCUGCGGGUGAGUGUGGAGGCCGACACCAACGGCCUGCGCAGGGUGCUGGACGAGCUGACCCUGGCCAGGGCCGACCUGGAGAUGCAGAUCGAGAACCUCAGGGAGGAGUUGGCCUACCUGAAGAAGAAUCAUGAAGAGGAGCUCCAAACCUUCCUGGCAGGCGGCCCGGGGCAGGUCAGCGUGGAAAUGGACGCUGCUCCGGGGCUGGACCUCACCAGGCUCCUCAACGACAUGAGGGCGCAGUACGAAGCCAUCGCUGAGCAGAAUCGUAAGGACGCGGAGGCCUGGUUCGUUGAAAAGAGCGGGGAGCUAAGGAAGGAGAUCAGCAUCAACACGGAGCAGCUUCAGUCCAGCAAGAGCGAGGUCACCGACCUGAGGCGCGCAGUUCAAAACCUGGAGAUCGAGCUCCAGUCCCAGCUGGCCACGAAGAAAUCCCUGGAGGACUCGCUGGCGGAAGUGGAGGGCGACUACUGCGGCCAGCUGUCGCAGGUGCAGCAGCUCAUCGGCAGCCUGGAGGAGCAGCUGCUCCAGGUGCGCGCCGACGCCGAGCGCCAGAACGCCGACCACCAGCGGCUGCUGAACGCCAAGGCCCGCCUGGAGCUGGAGAUCGAGACCUACCGCCGCCUGCUGGACGGCGAGGCCCAAGGCGACGGUUUUGAUGAAAGUUUAUAUGUGACAGACUCCAAAUCUCAAACACAGUCGAUCGAUUCCUCUAAAGAUCCAACCAAAUCCCGGAAAAUCAAGACAAUUGUGCAGGAAGUGGUGAAUGGUGAAGUGGUCUCAUCUCAACAAGCACUCCCUGAGCUAAACAGCAUCACCAUGUCUGUUCGAUACAGCUCAAGCAAGCAGUACUCUUCCUCCCGCAGUGGGGGGGGAGGAGGAGGAGGAGGAGGGUCAUCCUUCAGAAUUUCAAGCAGCAAAGGCUCCAUUGGUGGAGGAUUUAGCUCAGGGGGGUUCAGUGGUGGUUCUUUUAGUCGUGGGAGCUCUGGUGGAGGCUGCUUUGGGGGCUCAUCAGGUGGCUAUGGAGGAUUAGGAGGAGGCUUUGGCGGAGGAGGCUUUGGUGGAGGAGGCUUUGGUGGAGGCUAUGGAAGCAGCAGCUUUGGUGGGGGCUAUGGAGGAGGCAGCUUUGGAGGGGGCAGCUUUGGUGGUGGUGGCUUCAGUGGAGGCAGCUUUGGAGGCUUUGGGGGUGGAUUUGGAGGAGAUGGUGGCCUUCUCUCCGGAAAUGAAAAAGUAACCAUGCAGAAUCUGAAUGACCGCCUGGCUUCCUACUUGGACAAAGUGCGGGCUCUGGAAGAAUCAAACUAUGAGCUAGAAGGCAAAAUCAAAGAGUGGUAUGAAAAGCAUGGCGGCUUAGGCCAGAGAGAACCUCGUGACUACAGCAAAUACUACCAAACCAUCGAUGAUCUUAAAAAUCAGAUCCUCAAUCUGACAACUGAUAAUGCCAACAUCCUGCUUCAGAUCGACAAUGCCAGGCUGGCAGCUGAUGACUUCAGAUUAAAGUAUGAGAACGAGGUCACCCUGCGCCAGAGCGUGGAGGCUGACAUCAAUGGCCUGCGCAGGGUGCUGGAUGAACUGACCCUGACCAAGACUGACUUGGAGAUGCAGAUCGAAGGCCUGACUGAGGAGCUGGCCUACCUGAAGAAGAAUCAUGAAGAGGAAAUGAAAGACCUUCAAAAUGUGUCCACUGGUGAUGUAAAUGUAGAAAUGAAUGCUGCCCCAGGUGUCGAUCUGACUGAACUUCUGAAUAACAUGAGAAACCAGUAUGAACAACUUGCUGAACAAAACCGCAAAGACGCUGAAGCCUGGUUCAACGAAAAGAGCAAAGAACUCACUACGGAAAUCAAUAGUAACAUCGAACAAAUGUCCAGCCACAAAUCGGAGAUUACUGAAUUGAGACGCACGGUUCAAGGUCUGGAAAUCGAACUACAGUCCCAACUAGCCCUGAAACAAUCCCUGGAAGCCUCCUUGGCAGAAACAGAAGGUCGCUACUGUAUGCAGCUCUCCCAGAUUCAGGCCCAGAUCUCCUCUCUGGAGGAACAACUGCAACAGAUUCGAGCUGAAACCGAGUGCCAGAACGCUGAGUACCAACAGCUCCUGGAUAUUAAGAUCCGACUGGAGAAUGAAAUUCAAACCUACCGCAGCCUACUAGAAGGAGAAGGAAGUUCCGGCGGCGGCGGCGGCUACGGCGGCGGGCGCGGCGGCGGAAGUUCCGGCGGCGGCUACGGCGGAAGUUCCGGCGGCGGUGGCGGCUACGGCGGCGGAAGUUCCAGCGGUGGCGGCCACGGCGGUAGCGGCCACGGCGGUAGCUCCGGCGGAAGUCACGGGGGUGGUUACGGCGGCGGCAGCUCCGGCGGCGGCGGUGGCCACGGCGGCAGUUCCAGCGGCGGCGGCUACGGUGGCGGCAGCUCCGGCGGUCACAAGUCCUCGUCUUCUGGGUCCGUCGGGGAACCCUCUUCCAAGGGACCAAGAUACUACCAGAUAAUUGAAGAACUUAAGAAUAAGGUUAUCUCUUCCACUAUUGCUAACGCUAACGUAAUUCUGCAUAUUGACAAUGCCAGACUGGCUGCGGAUGACUUCCGGCUAAAGUAUGAAAAUGAGCUCGCUCUUCACCAAAACACAGAGGCUGACAUCAACGGGCUGCGGAGAGUCCUAGACGAACUGACGCUCUGCAGGACCGACCAGGAGCUGCAGUACGAAUCCCUGAGCGAAGAGCUGAGGUACCUCAAGAAGAACCACGAAGAGGAAAUGCAGGCCCUGCAGUGCGCGGCGGGCGGGAACGUGAACGUGGAGAUGAACGCGGCGCCCGGCGUGGACCUCACGGUCCUGCUGAACAACAUGCGGGCCGAGUACGAAGACCUGGCCGAGCAGAACCGCAGGGACGCGGAGGCCUGGUUCAACGAGAGGAGCGCCACCCUGCAGCAGCAGAUCUCCGACCACGCGGGCGCGGCCACUUCAGCCAGGAGCGAGCUGACCGACAUGAAGCGCAACCUACAGACCCUGGAGAUCGAGCUGCGGUCGCUCCUGGCAAUGAAACAGUCCCUGGAGUGCUCCCUGACCGAGACCGAAGGGAACUACUGCACGCAGCUCGCCCAGAUCCAGGCUCAGAUCGGGGCCCUGGAGGAACAGCUGCACCAGGUCCGAACCGAGACGGAGGGCCAGAAACUGGAGUACGAGCAGCUGCUCGACAUCAAGGUCCACCUGGAAAAGGAAAUUGAGACCUACUGCCGCCUGAUAGAUGGAGAUGGGAACUCAUGCUCCAAAUCAAAGCGCUUUGGAUCAGGAGGCUCAGGGAGUUCACCCAAAGGUGUUUUAUUUCUAGAGUUAUCCAAAACCACAUUGGUAAAGACAGUGGUUGAAGAGAUAGAUCAACGUGGUAAAGUUCUUUCAUCAAGAGUCCACUCCAUUGAAGAAAAGACAUCUAAAAUGACCAGUAACAAAACAGAACAAAGGGUUCCUUUCUAGCCACCAUUGAGAAAAGAACAAUUUGGGAGAGGAUUCUUCACAACUGCAUUAUUCUAAAUAUCAAGAAAAUUAUUAUUUUCUACCUUUAAUGAUAAAUCACUUAACAAAAAUAACCUGGUUUCUUAGUUCACUUUUACAGGGUGUUGGGUGUUUGUUUUCAAAUAAAUAAAAAAGUGAUUGUGCACUCA